AUGGCUGUUGAUAACGUACACUUAAAGAGCGUAGCGAAAAAAUACGAAUUCAUGGCAGAGGAAACCACGGGCUCGCUGGGAGGCAUAAAGCCAAUUCAACCAAAAAGUAGGAGAAAGGUCUGGUUAGCCUUGGCUUGCAUUGCCAGCGUCUUGGUGGUGUUUGGAUUUGGUUUUCUAGUAGGAUACCUCGCCAAACGACCGGAAAGUACGUCACCCAACAAAGAGACGGCGAUAUCUGAUGCACCACCUGCUUUCGAAAGUUUUCACAAUAUGUUUAAAGAGUCGAUCAGUGCUGCAGAGUUGGAGAGUCUAAUGAGGUAUAGGCCAAUGCAAUUACUGUAAGCUGGACGGUUAAGCAAUUUAAUUUGUGGGAAUUAAUAUUUAUAAGGGGAACUAUUAAUAAUACUUUGUAGACUAAAUGGGAGGUUACUAGCCGGCUAAGAUGCUUUUCCCAAUUCAUAAGAUUCAUGAACACAACGACUACACAGCUCUUAAUUUAAAGCCUUUAUAACCUCCUCAUUUCUGUUUUUAGGAGACGUGUUGGCAAUUCUAGUUUGCAUUUUCCAUUUAUAUCAUACAGGAUAUCAUAGUUGUUCUAACGUAAAUGGGUUAUUUUGAUCGCGUUACAGUUUCGUUACACAUUCUAUUGACCGCAAACCAAGAGACUGAAGGCUCGCAAGAUCGGCUUACAAUAGGCCUGCACUUAAUUCCAUCCGCCAAACUGACGUUGACACAUUAAUGAUUCGUACACAAGGUAGGGUUAGGGUUAGGGUUUGGGUUAGGGUUAGCGUUAGGGUUAGGGUUAUAUGUUUAAAUCAAACUGGUAUUCGUCAUCAAAUUCUCGGUGGUGUAGGGGUUAGAGUGAUGCACUCCAGAUCGGACGCUCCGAGUUGGAAUUCUACUCAUUCUAUCCUGAUUUGUUUUUUUCCUUAAAAAUUGAAGACACUUUGAACAUUUCAUCAAGAAAUUUCAUAUAAGAAAAGUGAAAUGUCUUGUGAGAGGAGGAUGUCAGUUUGGUUAUUGAUUUUCAAAAUAGCGAACGAGAAAGUCGAUCUGGGUCAGAUAAGAAGCGAAGAAAUCGUUUACAGUAGAUUCAUUAAGAUCCCAUUAGGCUAAAUUAAUCGUGCUAAGCGACAGGUGUAGACAUUUUUCAAGGUGAGUCUUUAAAUAAGUAGUUCAUUUAUUCACACGAAACUCGUCUGGACCCUGUGUAUGAGCCUUGAUUCGGGACGGCUUCACAGGGGUUUGUAAAGAAACAUUGUAUUAUUAUUUUUCAUGUCUCUUGUAUUGUGAUAUUAAUGUAAGGAUUAUUUUGUUUGGCGUAGAAGAAUAUUUAAGACCACCAUUGUGAUUUUAUAUUUCGAGAGAAAUCUUAGGCAUCUUUGUUCAAUUUCAAUGAGGGGGUGCGAUAGAAACAGACGGGGAUGCUCGUGGGACACAUCUGGGCGUGGCUCAAAGGCAAUCUGGGCGUGCUGUUGCAUAAUCUCGAAUGCUUUUAUCUAAAGCCGUCGCAAAAUUUACACCCCUAAGCGAGACGACAGGUGACUGUUUCAUAACCAGGUGUAACCAGGUGUACUCCCUGGUCUUACGCGCCGCGAAGGUAUCUUAGGGAGGAUGCACUGUAUCAGGCUCACGAUGCUCUGCGCCCUCUGUUUGUAACAUGAUUACGGUAUAAUGGUAGUUACGGUAUUUACGUUUUGUUGACUCAGAACGCAACGAUGAGCACUACAAUCUUUGACAAAACAGAUGGAAAAUUUAAACCCUCCUCCUCCCCUCGGGGGAUGGGCCCUCGGGGAGAUGGGGGUUAGAUGUUCUAUUUUGUUCUGUCCAAGAUCGUAGCUUCAAGUUUUAAAUGUUCACUUUAUACAUAUAUUGAUAUUCAUGUCAAGACUUUGUUUUUCAUAGGGAGUUCUCCAGUCGCCCUCACAUUGCUGGCUCCGACAGACAGCAAGUUCUUGCAAAUAAACUCGUCGCAAGCUGGAAUACGUUUGGAUUUGACAAAGUCGAGAAACCUGAGUACAAAGUUCUGCUAUCUUUUCCGCAGCCAGAAAAACCAAACAGGGUGUCCUUAGUGGAAAAUGGUUCAGUCAUAUACGAGACAGUAGGAAAAAUUAAGGUAAGCCCUCUUUGUAUUAAGCGUAAAAGAACCUGCAUUUGGUGGACAAUAAGCAGGAACCGGUGAGGGGCCUAUGGGUCGUCCAGCCAUCCCCUCUCGCCCUGUUUCCUACAUCCGCCUGGAACUUGCGCCCCAAGUUUCAUGGCUAUUUCUAGUAUUCCGAACAUCGUCUUGAAUGUCGCUCACCGGCAGAGCUACAUAUACGAGAAGUAGCUCUGAAGUCGUCAUAUGAAAAUAUGUGUGUGCUCGAAAGAAAGGAGAAUCACCUACUUUAGGGGUUAUGCUGAUUAGAGCGAUAUUGCAGCGCUAGCUUCAUUUGCGAAAUUUCAUCAUUCUUCUAACUUAAAAGAGGGCAAUCAGAGGAGAGCAAUUCAAAAGUGGACUGAGUUCACUGACAGGUUGGAAUAAUUUGCGAACGAGUCUAUUCGAAACCCGUGCACUGUGCCUAGGAGAUCAGCGCUUGCCUCAGUUGCCGCGCUUUGUUUGGUCGAGGCAUCUUUUGAAAAAAGAUAAGGAAGUGGCAGAGCAUUUAUAGUCGCUUAUUGCGAACUUAAAGCGCUGUUUUAACGAACUUAUUUACACGCCUUGCGGCUUAGGGGUACGCUUUUGAAAGUUAUAGCCACACACAGAAAGACAAAAUCGUUAAGUGCUUGAACAAGUGGUCAAAUUGGAUUUAAAAUAUCUGUAAUAAUAGUUUUUCAAUUAAGAAAUUAUGUACAUCGCUUUUCUCCACUUCCAUCUCUCUUUUUGGCAGAAGGAAGUUACUUAGCAGUGGUCGGAAACACGUAAAAUACGUGAAAGUGAAAUAAGUCUUCUUUCGCAGGAUAGAAGUUAUGUUGAUUUCCGAUACACAGAUAAGUUGAGUUUAACAAUUAUUCCAUAAUUGCAGAUUUCGCCAGCACCAAACAGUUCUGAGACAUUUGAUCAUUAUCCUUAUUUGGCAUAUGCGCACAAUGGCACAGUGGAAGCUGAUCUGAUUUACGCCAACUAUGGCCGAGAUGAAGACUUUAAAGAGCUUUCAAAAAGGAGUAUCAGUGUGGAAGGAAAAAUUGUUAUUUUAAGAUCACGAAACGUAAGUACCCUCUGGUAACUACUGCGAUGAUUCCAGUAUACUAAACGAAAAAGGGUACUGGCACGGGUAUUCUGGUCAUAAAUUUUGUUAUAAUUAUGAGCGAUUACUGGCAACAUUAAGACGUAGAUUUCAAGUGAAUGGAAGGAAAAAGAAAGAGAAAGAGAAAAAAAAUUGUUUAUACGUUUCUUCCCAGACACAGUGACUCAAAUCGUUCAUGUGGGGGACAACUACGCACUUAUAAAGUUCUUGUCAGUUAAACAGUAACACAACAGUAGUUUUACACAGUUGCCAACAACCUUUGGAUUUUUUUAACUGUCGUGUUCAAUGUAACCAAGACAUCUUGCCUCAGAGGAGGCAAGGAUCAAGGGUUAUCGAGAUCUUUACACAUCAUUGAUUCCAGGUUGCCAAUGCUGAAAAACACGGAGCAGUUGGGGCGCUGGUUUACGCAGACCCGAGUUUCUCGGCUCAGCAGGGAUACGAAGCUAGUCAAGUCUACCCCAAGGGGUGGUGGCUACCUCCCAGCGGGAUACAAGAAGGAUCUAUAUUAUUUUCCUCCUAUGUUGGGGAUCCCUUGACCCCCGUCCUGCCAUCCACUAAAGGAAUGUACCGUAGGCGCGCGAAUGAAAGUAUGCUGCCUAAGAUUCCAGCACAGCCGAUAUCUUACGAGGCUGCCAUGGAACUCCUGCAACGUCUAGGAGGUAUAUUACGCUAUCACUGUUAUUUUACUUUUAGUUUCCUUUUUUAUCAAAUCAUCGUUCUUCGUAGUAUUUAGUCUCCCACGCAGACGUUCUUAGGGCUUGGUCACUCGUUGUGAGGAAGGAACGCGUGACAAAGCGCCAAAAACGUCUGUAAGGAAGGCUCCGUAGUAUUACUUUCUUCAGUAUAGUCUGCGAGUAAGCUGUCCAUACCCGAUGGUGGAAAUGACAUGAAAUGAAAGACUCGUUCUGUUUACCACCCUUUAUGUCGUUCUUAAAGGUUUUUGUUACAAAUCGCCAGGGCCAGAAGCUCCUAAGAAAUGGCAAGGUGGAUUGAACAUCUCAUACCACACUGGUCCAGGAUUUAAGAACAGCAGUGCCAAGGUUAAACUAGAAAUCAAUAACAAGCUUGAUGAAAAGCCCAUUUACAACGUUAUCGGUACUAUUUAUGGGCAAAACGAGCCUGAUCGAUACGUAAUCAUCGGCAACCAUCGGGACUCGUGGUCCUUCGGUGCGGUCGAUGCGCUAAGUGGAACAACAGUAACGAACGAAAUUGCCCGUGUUCUUGGCAUGCUCUUGAGGAAGGGAUGGAGACCGCGAAGAACGAUUAAGAUCUGCAGCUGGGGUGGAGAGGAGUUCAACUUGAUCGGGUCACAUGAAUGGGUGGAAGAAAACGCGAACAUUUUAACCGAGCGCGCUGUGGCAUACAUCAACUUAGACAUCGCGGUGUGCGGCAAUUACGUGCUGAGAGCUAGGGCGAGUCCUCUUUUUAAGCAAAUAACGCACAAAUGGGCGAAAGAAGUUAAGGAUCCAAAUAAUACGGAGGGAAGUGACACAAUGUACGACAUCUGGCUGCGAAGGACUCCUUCCGAUACUAACAAAAACGAGCCAAUGAUAUUAAAUCUGUUCUCUUCAAGUGAUUAUGUGUCAUUUUAUCAGUACUUAGGGGUACCCUGUGGAGACUUUGGUUACUGGUUUGGGUACGAUAAAACGUCUUCUUUGUACCCUGUUUAUCACACCCAACAAGACACAUUUUAUUGGGUAAAACAGUUCAUCGACCAGAAAUUUGAAGUGCACAAAGCCAUGACACAGUUUAGCGGUGGUAUAAUUCUGGACAUUGCAGAUCAGCCACUUCUACCAUUCGAUAUUUGGAACUACGCACUCGCCCUGAACAAUUCCUUUCACAUCCUGGCGUCAUCUCCAAAGUUUUCAGCCAAUGGCAUACCUUUAACCGACCUUCAUAACGCUAUAGCUAAAUUUUUAAAAGCCAGCAGAAUGUUCGAGUCCCUUAAGUCAGAUCCAGCGAUUCUAAAAAGUUCUUCAAAGUUGCGCAUGAUCAACGAUCAAACAGUGAAGGUAGAAAUGGCGUUUAUCUACCCUUACGGGCUGCCGGGAAGUCGUCAGAGCCGUCACGUGGCAUUCAACUUUGGCUUCCACAACCUUCAACUUGGGAAGGCAACAUUUCCGGGAGUCACUGAGGCGUUACAUAUGGCUGAUAUGUCAGGAGAUUGGGAUUUAGUAAGAAAACAAUUAUCAAUAGCAAUUUACUGCGUACAAAGGGCAACUCGAGUGCUGGAACCCCUAAGGCCCUAA